UAUCUCAGGCUCUGUGACCAGCAGCGAUCAUGAAAACCUCAUCUGACAGGAGCCACGUCCAGAAAACGUCCAGGAGAACCGGCUGGACGCGCAAACGGAGCACCGAGGCGUAUUCCGCUUACAUUUACAAGAUCGAGAAGGAGGUGUCUGAGGACGUGAGUGACGCAGUCUCUUUGAUGCGCCGCCUGUCCGACGCGCACGCGCAGAUGAGCGCCGAGGCCGCGCGACUCUCCAAGUUCAACCGGCGGCACGUCAUCACGCAGCGAGAGCUGCACGCUGCCGCGAAAAAGCUCCUGAUGGCUGAGAUUUAAAUGUCGCAUUUAGACUUUUUAGAUUUAAUAAAGAUGUUUCCGCUUUUAAAAA